AUGGAUAUUAUCAGGAGAAUCGAUCCCCUUUUGACUGUACAAGAAUAUGUGGAGCUCGGCAUGUCUGGAAGCACAGGAGAACGUUCUUUUGCUAAUAUUAUCACCAGUAUUCGAUACUGGAUCAUUCAUAGUGGCCAAAUUGGUGUAUUACCAGAUCACGCACCUAUUGCCACAGCUAUAGAUAUAGGUAUUUUAAAAAUACGCCUUACUCCUAAUGACGGAUGGUUAACGAUGGCUCUGAUGGUUGGUUUUGCUAGAAUAGGCAAUAAUGAGGUCACUAUUUUAGUAAAUGAUGCGGAGAAGGCUAGUGACAUUGAUCCACAAAAAGCUCAGCAAACUCUUGAAAUAGCGGAAGCUCAGGGCAAGAGACAAACAAUCGAGGCAAAUUUAGCUCUCAGACGAGCUAGGACACGAGUAGAGGCUAUCAAUGGCGUACCUAGUUAA